AUGGUCUACACCAAACCUAACGUUGGAACUGGCGCCAUGAAGCGGUCAGCCUCGGCUCUUAAUGACGGACCAGCUGGAUGGGACGUCGCUCCCCCUAUGAUGGCUCCCUCGCGCUCAUCAUUCCGCCUGCCUUACACUCACUAUGCCAUGAUCUACCUGGACAACGAGGGUGUUCUCAAGGUAGAAGAGUCGCCAUCAAUCAAAGAGCAAAAAUCCACCGUCUUCACGCCAGACGUGCGACAGAACUUCCUGGAGAUUCUGGGUGAUAAGAUUGGCUACUACCAGCCGUUUACACGUCCCACGCUAGAGGCCUCGCCUCGUCGAGUGCGACGCCGCAAGGGAAAUGCUCCCAGUUCUUCCGUCUCCGAGGAACGCAUGACUGAGCAAGCCUCUGACAGCGAGGACUUCUCGCAUGGGUCAACUGACAUGGCCCCACUCCGCAUUGGAGAUACUCAGAAGGUGCUCUCGUACUACGAGGGCGCCCUCAAGCACUUCCAGCAGCUCAACUGCCGCAUGGUCGCCAAGGCUUUCAUCAAGUUCAUCGAGCCGCGCAAGCAAGUCCGCCACCCCUACAACGGAGGCAAGCCCCCAGCCGGCUCAGCCCCGGGCACCACUGGUGACCCCGAAAAGACCAAGCCCGAGUGGUGGCCGCCGGGUGUCAUGCACAAAGAGCCUGACCACUUGCGCAAAGAGUACCGCAUUGAGCUUUUGCUUCACAUCGUGCGCAAGCUCGGCAACCAAGGCAUCACCGCAGACAGGUUGAAGGAAGUCGCUGGCGACACUAAGCGGAGCCUGAAGCACCCCUCCCAUGUGGAGAUCAUCUACGAGAUCCUGCGGGUGCGAAAGAUGGAAGAGCGAUUUGAGCGAGGCGAAGUCGAUGCCAACAUGGUGGUCUAUGUUAUGAACCGCGGACCUAGCCCUAAGGGCGACGAAGAUGAGGAGUCCGCCGACACAGCCCUGGCAGUCGAAGAGCCCGAGCACGUCGAGGAAGGACUCUUGACGCCAACCUCUUCGGUCGAGCAAGUCUCUGCACCGCUCACCACGCCCAUCGACAUGAACCCGGUGGCAUCGGCUCGCUCUCUUCCGGGUAGCUUCUCGCUGCCGGAGCCGCUCAGCUUCGAUGGCACUGGUCGCCAGGACCGGCCGUACUACGCCACGCCGCCGCACUACACAGACUCUUUCUCGCAGCCCAUGCUCAGCACGCCCGUGAGCGCUGAGAUGAUCAGCCCCCACGACGUCUCAGUCUUCGACUACCCAGCCCACAACCCCUUCCCGACCUCCACGCCGGACCACCAGCGCACGGGCGCUGCUGGCCAGUAUGACCCCUGGACCCCGACCUUCCGCCAGAACAUCUUCAGUCCAGUCGACUACAGUGCCCCGGCAACCAGCCAACCAUUGGGUCCACCUUCCAUGUCUUACCACAUGCCCUUGGCAUCGCCUGCUCAGUUGCACGAUAUGUCGCAUCCCCACGCCCAGUCCCCCAUGGAUCCCCUAGGCCAAAGAGCCCUGCCCUUUCGCACUGGAUCCCUGGGCCACCCCCACGGGCUUCCAUUGACCCAUCCCGCCUAA